GCGGGAUAUCUGGCGGUGAAGUAGUCCGGGGUCCUAUAUUACCAUCCACGAAGAAGUGUAGACCAGCCGGUACCUUCAAUAUCCACUCAUACGUGUUAUAGCAAUUUCAUCGCUCUUCUCAACGCUGGUUAUCUUUGUCUCUUUUCCCGUUCGGCCUCUGUCGACGAAUAGUCACUAUGGAAGACCAUGUUGUCGCUAUGCCACAAUUACAUCAAGCCGACAAGAUACGUUCUGAAGCUCUCGCGACGGACACCUCUAAGCUUCCUCCUGGUUAUUUCAUGAGUGCACGCGUAAUUGGUUCCUAUGCUGGUACAGGCAUCGUUGUUGCUGCGACGUACUUUCAAUUCCAAGCCGCCGCUGCCGUCCUCAUGUCUGCCAUUUACCCCGACAUCGGCCCAAGCGCGAAUGUUGCACUCGUCAGUACCGUAUGGACGGUCUCGCAGCCUAUCUCUCUUUUGCUUUUUGGACGACUGUCUGAUCGCUUCGGACGUAGGAACUUUGCUCUGGCAUCAUGUGUGCUUGCCAUAAUCGGUGGCAUCAUCGCAGCAACGGCUCAAUCUAUCGAGAUGCUGAUCGGUGCGGAAGUCAUCAUGGGUAUCGCAUCUGGAGUUCCUGCCGCUUAUCCACUGCUUGCAGGCGAGUUGGUUAGCAAUAAGCAAAAAUACGUCGGUACCGCCAUUGUGGUUGUACCCAACGUCAUUGCCACAGGUUUUGGACCAUACAUCGGGCUGGCGCUGGUUCAGGCAGCGAACUGGAGAUGGAUUUUCUACAUUUUCAUCCUAAUGAUGGUGCCUGGAACACUGUUGUGGUUCUUUUUCUACAACCCACCUUCGUACACUCAGCUUCAUGGCAAGAAGUCCAGCAAGCGCGAUGAACUCAAGAAAAUCGAUUACAUUGGUGUUCUUCUGCUGAUUGCCGGUCUUGCUCUCUUCUUGCUCGGUAUCUCCUGGGGCGGACCAGCUCAGCCAUGGUCGUCUCCUAAGAUUCUGGGUCUCUUGAUCUCCGGUGCCAUCGCGACGAUUGCCUUCGUCCUCUACGAAGUCUUCCUCACCCCUCAACAGCCUAUCGUUCCGAUGCGCUACUUCCGUGACUUGCGUGGCUUCACUUGCCUGGCAAUCAUCUCCGCAACGUACGGCGUUAUGAACAUUGCUCUCUUCAUUAUCUGGCCGCAGCAAGUCACAUACAUCUUCGGUUCUACCGUGAGUACAUGGCAGGAAUCUGCGUGGCUCUCAACAACUGCGGCGUUCGGCCUUUGGGGUGGUAUUGUUAUUUUAGGGCCCUUGAUGCACUUUAUCGGGCACAUUCGCUACCAAAUCCUGGUAAGCUCGAUCUGGAUGACCUCGUUUCUGGGUGCUAUGGCCAGCAUUACUGUCGAGCGCAAAGCACAGGCUAUCGCGUUCAGUUUCUUAGCAGGCUUUACCAUCGGAUGGGGCGAAGUCAUAGCUGCAAUCAUCGUGCAGUACGUCGUGUCUGACCAGGAUCUAGGUGUUGCCUUCUCCGUCAUCUCCGCUGCCCGCACAAUCUUUGGUUCGAUUUUCACCGCCGCGUUCAUCGCUGUCUACACGAACAAGGUUCCCGGAUAUCUUGCUUCCAUCGUCCCGCCUCGUGUACUUGGUGCUGGCCUUCCUGCUUCUCAACUCGAGACUCUCAUGACUGCCGCCGCUGCUGCAAAUCAAACCGCAUUGCUUGAAAUCGAAGGCAUGACACCAGCUCUUCUACACACAACCAACAUUGCGGUAUCUGAUGCGUAUUCAAUGUCUUACGCAUAUGUGUACUACUUCGCCGUGGCCAUCGGCGUGGUAUCAAUCAUCGCGUCAGCCUGCAUGAGGGACUUCGACAAGUACCUCACGGGACAUGUAUCCAGGCAGUUAUACCACAAGAAAGACGCAAAUACUGAUCCUUUGGAGGAACUUCUGAUCCUUCGACGCGUCGCCCAGAGGAACGCGUCGUGCGUGUCACGCUAG